AUGUCGCGAUCCUUUACUGGGUGCAAGCGAUGUAAGGCCCGCCGACAGAAAUGUGACGAGCAGCGUCCCAGCUGUGGCCGGUGCCAGCAGGCGAGCACGCCUUGUCGGUAUGCGAUGCAGCUACAGUGGGGAGGGCGGGCUUUUUCGCGCUCUCGAUUCGGGGCCUGCGUGGGUAACGGAGGCAUGCAUAAACUGGAGUAUUCCCCCGGCGAGUUUAUCUACACUACCAAUUCAUCCGCUACGGCGCUAGCUGCUGGCUCGAUAAUCGCUGCUCCCUCAUCUACACCUACAGCGACGACGACUGCUACGACUAGCCUGAACUAUUACAUCGACCCGUUCGCCUCCCUCUCCGCCGACCAAAAGUCCCUCCUCCACCAUUUCCUCAAUGACGCCUCCCAGAUCACUGCCUGCCAUUCGGGCAUGCAGCAGGAGAUCUGCAAGAUGCUAGUCCCUAUGGCUCUUCAAACACCGUCCCUUCUUUACGCCACUAUGGCCCUCUCUGCUAUCCACCUCCAAGCUCUCCACAACCAAUCCGAGAACGUCAAGUCGGCUCCGGAGAUCGCGCGCUUCAUGGCUCUCAGCCUGGAACACUUUCGCAAGGAACUGGAAAACCCAGCCAGCAGAGGGUCCGAUGCCCUCCUCGCCACCGCGCGCACCCUCUGUUUAGCCGAGAUCCAUUCCGGUGCCAUUCAUCCGCACUCGUGGCGCGCGCACAUCGCGGGAGCGAAGGCCCUCAUGGAUACCUCCAACCAGCGCGGAGUACCGUCUCCAGGCUCCCCUGAGGGGUUUCGCCGGUACCUAGACCGGUGGCACCGAUCGAUUGUGUCACUGACGGCGUUGACGGGGAACGGUCCGCCCAUUGGAGAAGAAGCCACCGUCGCGGGCAGCGCACAUGACCCCGAAACCCCGGACUACCUCGACGACUACUGGGGGUUCACGGUCAAUCUGGCUGCGAUCUUCCGGGCGAUCGGCGCGGUAUCCUGGCGAGAGCAUCAGUAUCUGCUACAGCAGCAGGAACAAGGGCACGAACCCACAGGUGGAGAAGUCAUCGUCGACGUCGACGUCGCUCACGAAGCAGCCACCCUUGAAAGCUCUCUGCGGCGACUCAUGGCCGGGGAGGAAGCCGGGACACAACCGACCUUCUACCCGGGUGUCAUGGAGGGGCUUUCGGCGGAUUGUGUGCGGCAGCUGAUGCUCUGCAACGAGGCCUUCCAGCGCAGCGCGCUCAUCCAGAUCCACCGCCGCCUGUAUAAGACGCCCGCGGCCGCCCCGGUGGUGCAGGAUUCGGUCAAGCGGAUCCUGGAGUGUACAGCGCAGAUCGGGCCCUCGCCGGGCCUGAGUCCCUGGGUGAUGCUCACGACGCCGCUGUUCAUUGCGGGCUGCGAGGCUCGCGGGGCAGACCGAGAACAAGUGCGCCACUUGCUGGCAUCUUUGCACGAUACGAUCCGGGUGCCGAAUGUGAUGCAGUCAUUGAGACUGUUGGAGCAAUAUUGGGAGAAUCAAUUGGAUGAGAACGAGGGGUGGACUCAGUUCUUGGCAUAUGUCAACGACACACCCGCUUACCAUAUCGCCUAUUCCACCCGGUUCACGAAUGCGACUCGGGUACACAAUCGUCUCGUCAGUGAAUCUUUUGUCCACAAACGGGUGUCCCCUGCUCUCAACCCGAAGCGCGCUACGACAAUGGCAUUGCACUUGCCACCGAACGUGGCACCAACUCCGCUGCACAUAGAUCCCCCGCGCCGUACCGGUACCUCGUCAACGAUGGGGGAUAGCAAGCAACCCAAGACCCCCGGCAACAAGAUCAGUUCCUUCUUUGGUUGGCGGGCAGGCACCUCAUCACCUGGUGCCGAAUCAUCCAGCACCGAGAUCUCCGAAUCAGGCCGUUCGCCCAUCCCGUCUCCCAUGCCGCCUUCAUUACCCAGUGCCUCCUUCUCUAUAACACCGUCCACGAUGGUCCCCUUCGACCCGAGCCGCCCGCAUACGUCUCUCCCGCCACGCAAUCCCUCGCUCAGCAGUGCCAGUAUCCUCGAGACUUCUGGAGCCCCAGCCCUGGUGGCGGAGCUCGAAAAUGAGCUGCGGGAGAUUAGUUCAGAGCUGGCGGGGUCAAUAAGGCGGGAGAUGGAGCUGGAAGACCUAGUUGAGCGACUGCAGUCGGAUUCCGUCUUCGAUACUCCGAAUCGUCGGACAAGUGAUUACUUUUCCGAUUCAGGCAGCAGUUCCAUUCGUUAUGCGUACGAGUCGGGCGGUCGAGUCGAGGACAUAGAGAAAUACAAGCGCACGGCGGAGCAGGAACGAGCUCAGAUUAAGGUAGAGCUCUCUCAAAAACUGCAGGAAGAGCGCGGUCGACGUGCGGCUUCUGAGGCCCACGUUCAGAUUCUGGAGUCGCAGGUGCAUCAGCUGCGGCGGGAGAGAGUCGACCUCUCUGAUAUGUCUUCCCGAACCAAAGAGCUGGAAACGGCACUCGAGGCGACUCGUCGGAAACUGGCCGAAGAGCGCCAGAUCAAAGACAAUUUUGAAGACUUGCUCACUGCAAUGCGGGUCGAGCUCGAACAACUUCGCAAUGAGCGGGAUCAUCUGAAGGAGAACGUAAUACCUCAAUUACAAGAGAGCGCUAGCAACUCUCUGCGGCAAUCGUCGGAUUCUUCCGAGGUAACGCGGCUCAUAGGAGAGAUUGAGGCAUUGAAGAUCGAAAAUGCCUCUCUGGCGCAACUGCAAGGAAGUCGAUUCGCCUCCAUCGCAGAGGAGGAUACCAUGUCUUCUGCGCGAGGCACGGGUCUAGGUCUUUCCCGCUCGAACUCACUGGCACGUGUGCGCUCAAAACCAAAUGCGCCCACUGGUCUAUCUCGGUCCAACUCGCUGUCACGAUCGAACUCACUCAAUGUUAAGGAACGAAGCGAGCCGCGAGAGAACUUGGCGGACAGGGUCGAAGACGUCGAGGCCCAGCGUGAUGCCCUUCACGAAGCUCUUCGACGCUUGCUGGACCGUCAAGCUCACGAUGCUCGUGAGUAUGAAAAGCAUCUUAAGAUGAUGGAGCUGGAAUUGGCUCGUGCGCAACUGGCGGAAUCUCCGCGAAAGUUCGGGUAUGAGAGGGAGGUCCGCAACCUCCGCGAGGAGGUCAAUCUUCUUCGUCACCGGGCAGAAGAUGCCAUGGAGCAGAAAUGGCAGUGCGAGAAGGGUCUCGCCGGUCUGAAGAUGGACCUGGACCGUGCCGAGCAGGAGACCACUUCUCUGCGAGUCUUGCUACAGGAACAUGAUAUCACGGUCCCCGAUGACUACGAAACCGACCGCGACGGGUUUGCUGAAGUUUUGGUCACAUCAUCCUCCCUCGAGUCUGCCUACAAACAGCUGCAGGCUGACCGGGAUCAAGCUGAAGCCAAUGUGGCGCAGUCACCCUUGCUGGCGGAGUCGGUCACCCGGACCAACAGCCUGGCGGAGCAUGUGCAGCAGCAACUUGCGAACAAUAUCGCGCUACGCCGCCGCUUGGCCGAGGCCAUUGGCAAGGGUGAGAAGGAGCAGCAGCUGUCAGCCGCGCGCAUCAAUGAGAUGCAGAGCCGACUCAAGGAGAUGGAGGAUAUCCUUCUGAUGGCGCAGCAAUUCUCGGAGGACGAGAUGGCGCGCCAUGAGGAAGAAGUCCGUAACCUUCAGGAGAGCCACAAUCUGCAGUUGACCCGCGUCAAGAAUGGCGCUCGCAGCCCAAUGGCUCUGUCUCCGAAGCCUCCGAACACCCCCUUCGGCGCGCGCUCGCCGCGCUUGGACAAAACGACCAGCGGGGAAGGCAUGGCGCUAAAUGAGGCGGUUCAGUUCGAAACGCUAGAGAAGCGGGUCAAGGAAUUGGAGAAGUUGCUCCGGGACGCCGAUUCGGAGAUGGAGGAGGUUGUGAGUCGGAUGAACCGUGCGCAGAUCGAAGUCGCCGAACUGCAAUCCGAUCGGGACGAGGCACUUCGCCAGACCAGAAAACUCCAGGCAGAGAUUCUGGCCGAACGUGAGGCACUAAAGACCUUGAUUGUUUCUUAGAAGUAAACAGUGGAGACGGGUGCUGUGCAUCCACCCCGCUUGUACUGUAUAUGGUUGAGAGAAUUUCGCCAGAGGCGC